AUUAUACAACUAAUACUUUAUGCAUCAACAUUAAUUACAAGAUUUAUUUUUAUUCAAAUAAAUCAUCCUUUAGCUAUAGGAUUAAUAUUAUUAAUUCAAACAAUUCAAAUCUGCAUACUUACAGGUUUAAUAGCUAAAAGAUUUUGAUUUUCUUAUAUUCUAUUUUUAAUUUUUCUAGGGGGAAUAUUAGUAUUGUUUAUUUAUGUUACAUCUUUGGCAUCUAAUGAAAUAUUUUCUUUAUCUAUAAAAUUAACAACUAUCUCUUUAUUUAUUUUUUCAAUAAUUUUAAUUAUUAAUAUUUUAUUAGAUAAAUCAAGUAUUUCUUUUUUUAUUCAAAAUAAUGAAAUACAAUCAAUUUAUAAUCUAAACAUAUUUUUACAAGAAAAUUCUUUAAAUCUUCAAAAACUUUAUAAUUAUCCAACAAAUUUAAUAACAAUUUUAUUAAUAAACUAUUUAUUAAUUACAUUAAUUGCUGUAGUAAAAAUUACUAAAUUAUUUUAUGGUCCCCUUCGCCCUAUAAACUAA